AUGGCCUCAAUGUUUCAACCAAGCAAGACAUUAAAGGAAAUUCGGGAACAGUUAAAACAAUUGAACCAGAAAUACAGAAAAGAAUGUGAAAUUAUAGAGAUGGACGAUACUUAUGAAAAGAAUACCAACAAUUCAGAGCAGCAUAUUUUUUCAGGUUUUCCCAAAAAGCAAACAAAAGAAGAGGAAACGUCCCUUGGUGCAUUGGAAAAUAAAAGCAACUUAGAUACAUGUACAAUGAAUUUCCCGACAUUUUUAGAAGAAGCAUGUGAACCUUAUAUUGACUUAUCUGAGCAUGUGGAAUCCGUGAUUACAACAAUGAAAGAAACCUUGGAGGACAACCCUCAGGAAACAACAUCUCAGGAGCUACAUCAAACUAAUACAGAUAUGGAAGACGAAGAAUAUAGUAUUGAUCAGGUGGACCACCUAAUCGGUGAUGUCAUGAAUUCAGUCCAGACUGAUUCGUCAUAUGAUGAAGAUCUCCAUUGUAUUGAACAAGCCGUGGCAUGUACAAUAAGCAAAGCCAAUCAAAAAUGUUCUCUCGGAGCUACGGACGAAUCACUUUUGAAAGACAAUCCUCAAACCGUUACAUUUCUGUCAAAGAAAGAGGAACAAUUUUGGAGGAAAGAGAGAAUUAGAAAAGAUAACCAUAACAUAAUCGAACGAAGGCGAAGAUACAAAAUAAAUGAUAGAAUUCAAGAAUUGGCUGCACUUUUACCCCCAACAGUUCAUCCAGCAAUGAAAGUGCAUAAAGGAUCAAUUCUGAAAGCAUCAGUUGAUUAUAUAAGGGAAUUGAAGAAAGACACAUCUAGACUCAUUUUAUUUGAAUCCAAACGUAAGGCAAUGGAGACAAAGUACCACAAAAUGAUGUUAAAACUAUUUAAACUAGAAUUGGGAAUGAAACUUUUAGAAUUAAACGAAGAAAAAGAUUUUCAAGAGACCACAAAGAAAAGAGCCAAAAGAAAUCAUCCGGAAUUUGAUGCGAUGGUGGAAGGAAUGAUGAAAAACACCUUGCAACAGCCAUAUAGGACCCCAGAAAAAUUAACACGUUUAUCACUUGAUCAACUCACGGAAUUGGGCAGUAAAAGCGAUAAUAAAAAGACAGCACCUCCUCUAGAAAACAUUUCGAAAAAUUCUAUCAGAAAAAAAUUGUCAAUCAAUAACAAUAAAAGCAAGAUCUCCACUGAACCGUCUAGCAGAGUAUUGGCGCUGGAAAUGAAAUCCUCAAGGAGGCACUCAAGCCUUAAAUGUGAAGAUUAUCUCGUAAAUCGAGAGAACAGCAAUGCUAAAAAUCAGCCUCCUGAAUUCACUGGAGACAUGGAACAAAAUGAAAUGCAUUUUACGAUUCCCUUUCAAACAGAAAUAUUAUCAAGUGAACAAGAAGGGUUUUCAAAGUAUCAUUUUUCAUCAACGUCCGAAUUAAAUUCCAACCAAUGCAGUCUCUUGCUAGAUUUAUUUGACUCGGAUAAUGUGUCCUUAUUUCAAUACGAGACACAGUCAUGUUCCCCUGUGUCCUCUGUUUCUUCAACUGUUCAGUCAGGGGAAGACUACUCGUCGCCUGUUUUGUCGCCCCUUACACAGACGACAAACAUGCUGGAAGGACUACUUAGAACAUGCGACAGAGCCUCCUCUUCUUCGGAGUCACAUUCCCUGGAGAACUCUAUUGAGAGUUCAGGGACACAUUGA